UUAAGAACAAACAGCAGAUUACAAAGAUGUUUGAGGUUGUGGACAAAAUUAGUGAUGCCACAAACAAACCACACUGUUAUACAAAGACAACAUUUCUACAUGCACAGAUGGACAAAGUCUUACAACAAGAUAAAUCCAUACAGAUGCAACAUGAUGAACUUGAGAAGCUGAAGACGAACCUGAUGACUUGUGAUGAAGUUGAAGGAAAAGACUCAGAUUGUCUCAGGAUUGUGCUGAUUGGAAAGACCGGCUGUGGAAAGAGCUCUACAGGAAACACCAUUUUAGGAAGAGAUGAGUUUAAAGUUGAAUACAGUCAAAUGUCGGUCACAACAUAUUGUAAGAAGGCACAGGGUGAGGUGGACGGUCGUCCUGUUGUUGUGGUCGACACUCCUGGUCUGUUUGACACCGCUCUGUCAAAUGAAGAAGUUCAAGAAGAGCUGGUGAAAUGUAUCAGCCAGCUGGCUCCAGGACCACAUGUCUUCUUGGUGGUGAUACAGGUCGGUAGAUUCACAGCAGAGGAGAGAGAAACGAUCAGGCUCACUAAAAGAUUCUUUGGGAAGAAUUCAGAAAAGUUCACCAUCGUUCUUUUCACCAGAGGAGACCAUCUGGAGCGUCAGGGAGAGUCUAUUGAUGAUUAUAUCAAGAACAAAUGUCACAGUUCCUUUAAGAAGCUGAUCUCUGACUGUGGAGGAAGAUACCAUGUGUUCAAUAACUCUGACAAGCAAAACUGCACACAAGUCAGUGAGCUGAUAGCAAAGAUUGACACCAUGGUGAAGAACAAUGGAGGAAGCUUCUACACCAAUGAGAUGCUGCAAGAGGCUGAAGCUGCGAUAAGGAAGGAGAUGCAGAAGAAUUUAAAGGAGAAGGAAGAAGAGAUGCAGAAGGAAAAGGAAGAGAUUGAAAGAAAACAUAAGCAAGAAAUGAAAGCAAUGAAAAUAAGAAUGGCAGAAGAGAAAGAAAAAUCAGAAAAGGAGGGAAAACAGAAAGCUGAAGAACUCGAGGAAAUGAUGAACAAAAUUAAGGAAGAACUAGAGAAGAAAAAAAAAGAAGAAAUGAGAGAAAAGGAGGAAAAGGACACUAGAGAGGAAAGAUAUCGACAACAAUUAACAAUUCAAGAAGUACUUGAAAAGUUGGACAGACAAAUUCAGUUGGAAAAAGAAGCAAAGGAAAAUGUUGACAGACAUCUGGAAGAGACCAGAGAAGAGAUGCAACGAAAACAAGAAGCCUGGGAGAAAGAACGAAGAGAAGAGCGAGAGAAACAAAGACAAGAAGAUGAAAAGAGACGACAGGAGGAGGAAGAAAGAAUAGACAAACUGCUGGAAAGUUACAAACAAGAAAAAAUAAAAUAUGAAAACAAAUUACAAGAGGAACAAAUAAGAAGAGAAAUGGAAAUAAUAGAGAACAAUCAUCAGAAAACACUGGAGGACCUAAAGAAGAGCUAUGAAAGAAAAGCCAGACAGAAAGCAGAAGAGUUCAACGAAUCCCAAAAGAAACACAUGGAUGAAUUAAAUGCUCAGCGGGAAGAACACGUGAAGGAAAUGAACGACUUAGUCAAACGUGUGACCAAGAAGAGCGAAAACCUGAGAAAGCUCAAGAAUCUAGUGGAAAAACAUGAAAAACAAAUGAGGAACGCAAAAACUGAGGAGGACAAGGACGAACUACAGGAAGAACAUGAACAACAAUUAAGUGAAUUGAUGCAAAAAAUCUUAAGUAAGGAGGUCAGUGACGCGUCAGCUGCAGCAUUUUAUGACGAGAAAUGAAUGAUUUCAGUUGUUUUUCUUUCAUUUGUACUGGGAAAAAACGUUAAAGAAGCACCGAUGUGUUCUGCACGUUUUACAUGUUUGGGAUUUCCUCGCAACAGCAAAUAAUUCUGAUGCGUCUAACCUGCCUUAAAUGUUUUAUCAUAAAGAAAGACGACACACAUUUGGUGAUCAGGUACCUUUAUUCUUGUCUGUUUUUUGAAGUUAUGGCUCAAAGAGUUUUGGGCUGAGCUCUUUAAGUACCAGGAUGUUCAUUUAAGUUGUGUUAGUUUUGCUCUGUACUGCACUGUAAGUUGAAUCAGUCAUUCUAGUCUUUUCUGAUUUGUUGUUUUCUGUAAUGAUUGGUAAAAAUCUGGAUAUGUGUGAUUUGAUUUCUUGUAUUUUCUUGAGAGUAACUGUUUUCAUGGUGUUUAUAAUUUUUGGUUGUGUUUUGUACAUUUUAUGUAACCAAGUUUUAUUAUAAAAUCACUGAUUUUUUUUUUUUAAAUAGACAGAUAUAUGACUGUUUAGUUCAAGGGUCGGCAACCCUGGGCACGCGUGCCAGCUGUGGCACACGUAGGGUUAACUGAUGGCACGACCAUAGC